GUGGUGUCCGCGGUCACGGCCUCGCUGCGCUUCGAGGGCUGCCUCAACGUGGACCUGGUGGAGUUCCAGACCAACCUGGUCCCGUACCCGCGCCUGCACUUCCCACUCAUCACCUACGCGCCCUUCGUGUCGGCGGGCAAGGCCUACCACGAGGCGCUGUCCGUCGGCCAGCUCACGUCGGCCUGCUUCGAGCCCACCAACCAGAUGGUCCGCUGCAGCCCAGUCGACGGCAAGUACAUGGCGUGCUGCCUGCUGUACCGCGGCGACGUCACGCCCACCGACGUCAACAGCGCCGUGCAGGCCAUCAAGAGCAAGAAGUCCAUCCGCUUCGUGGACUGGUGUCCGACGGGCUUCAAGAUCGGCAUCAACUACCAGCCGCCCACCACGGUGCCGGGCGCCGACCUGGCGCCGGUCAUCCGGGCCGUCACCAUGCUGUCCAACUCCACGGCCAUCAGGGUGGCGUGGGAGAAGCUCAACAGGAAGUUCGACCUGAUGCACCGGAAGCGCGCUUUCGUGCACUGGUAGGGCACGCAUUUGAACCAUGCCUUGAGAGAGAUUUACGCAAAU